GAGACACAACAGAGCUUCAGUGUCAAAAGAGGUCAAAAGAAAAACGAAAGAAGAUCGAAUAAAGGCAUAUGAUCAGCACAUGUCACCGAAGAUCCAUUGGAUACACUUGUCAAUGAAACACUCUAAACAAUUUAAAAUCAAAAUCGAGGAAGAAAAAGAGAGAAGAGAAAGAAAGAAAGAAAGAAAGAAAGGGAAAAACAAAAAGAACAAAGUGAGAGAACAGAGAGAGAGGGAGAGAGACUAAACUCGGAAAAAGCAAAAGGGGAAGUCUGCAAAUAAAGGGAGAGGAGGAGAAACGCUAGAAACCACAUGUGGCUGUUAGGAGCCAUAAUCCAGCUAUGGAGCGAGACAGAAUCGCUGCCCUGAAACGCUCAUUUGAAGUGGAAGAUGUGGACUCUUCCUCGCACUCUUCAUCGCCUCACACACGGCGAGCACCAUCCAAUGUUCAGCGUUCAGCCAUGUCCCCGACCAGCGGACGGUAUUAUGAGCUGGCCUCCAAUGGUACCAAGCCCCCUGACACCUCAAAGCCCAAAGCUCGAACCCCUGAACCUGUGUCACGUAGAACAGAGCUAGGCUUUGACAUCUCAUCCAACAACAAUGGCAAAGCUAUUGAAGGCUCUCCCAGUCCUGGCACGGCUCGGUUUGGGCUGAGGAGGCCAGAUGUCUUGAGCCACAGUAAGACGCCUGAGACGCAGAAGCACUCAGUCACCUUCAGCAAAACACUGGAGACCAUUGCCCCCAUCACACGUUCAGCAUCUACCAUCAUUCCUCAUGCCAGUGCUAAACUCCCAGAGACCACCUUCAGGAAAAGCGAGCCGCCAAGCCCUGCAGAUGGAUCAGCAAGAAAGCCUGAAAUCAGUGUCACCAAAUCAACAGACACCAAAGGUCAUGACAGUCUUCACCAUCCACCAGUUACAACAAGGUGUCCAUCACCUAAUCACGUUGGUCGGAAAUCCCCUAGUUCUGACAGGCAAAGGCCAGAGGUCAUUACAAGUUUUUACGGCAAUAUGGCAGAUGUAGGAAAGACACCUGUGGCACGGAAUGAGAAGACAAACAGUGAGUUUGGCUAUGUGGGCAUUGAUGCCAUCUUGGAACAGAUGAGGAGGAAAGCCAUGAAACAAGGCUUCGAGUUUAACAUCAUGGUAGUGGGUCAGAGUGGUCUGGGUAAAUCCACAUUGAUGAACACACUUUUUAAAUCUAAAGUGAGUCGCAGAUCUUUGAUGACAACAGAGGAAGACCGAAUUCCCAAGACAAUUGAGAUCAAGUCCAUCAGUCAUGAUAUCGAGGAGAAAGGAGUGAGAAUGAAGCUGACUGUCAUUGACACUCCAGGUUUCGGAGACCAGAUAAACAAUGAGAACUGCUGGCAGCCCAUCAUGAAGUUCAUUAAUGCACAGUACGAACAGUAUUUACAGGAAGAGAUCAACAUCGAAAGGAAGAAGAGGAUUCCAGACUCACGAGUCCACUGCUGCAUAUAUUUUAUUCCUCCUACUGGACACUGUCUGCGGCCAAUUGACAUUGAGUUUAUGAGACACCUAAGUAAAGUGGUGAACAUCGUUCCUGUUAUCGCCAAGGCAGACACACUCACCCUGGAGGAGAGAGAUUUCUUCAAACAGAAGAUAAGAGCGGACUUGCGAGCCAAUGAAAUUGACGUCUAUCCUCAAAAAGAGUUUGAUGAGGAUGCAGAGGACAGAAUUGUUAAUGAGAAGAUCAGGGAGAUGAUCCCAUUUGCUGUGGUGGGAAGUGAUCAAGAAUAUCAGGUCAACGGAAAAAGACUUCUGGGCAGGAAAACAAGAUGGGGGACAGUAGAAGUUGAGAACACCGCACACUGCGAGUUUGCCUACUUGCGGGACCUGCUCAUCAGAACUCAUAUGCAGAACAUCAAAGAUAUCACAAGCAGCAUCCAUUACGAGAUGUACCGCGUACGCAGACUUAAUGAGAAUAACACGCAACCAAACGGGCAGACAGCAAUCCACGCUAAUAGUGUACCUGAGCAUGAAGUCCUCUCCCAUGAGAUGUAGAUGUCUGUCUGACCAUCCACCCAUCCAUCAAUCAGUCCGUCCAUCUCUCUUUUUUUUCUUCAAUCCCUCAAUUUUCAAUAGUCUCUUCCUCGGUUUAUUCUGACUGGCUGUCUGUUGACUAUUGUUUUUUAACACCAAAAAAAUAUUUCCGAUCUGUGGAUAAUGAAACUUUAAGCGUGUAGCAAAAUGUUAUGUUCUGUAAUGAGAGUUUCAUUAAAGAUGUGUUACUAGCUCUGCAAAAUGACAUCUGUCAGAAGUUCAACAUACCAUAUGCUUAAAGCUCUCUCACUUAAUCAUUAAAAAAUAAGUGAUUAAAUUGCAACUUGAAUAAAAUCCUACUUUAUGGCUAUUGGGUAUAAAAAUGAAGGGCUCUAAAGCAUAAAAAUCCAAAUAAAUCAUGUUUUUCACUAUUUAAAAAUAUAAUGAAACAAAGACAAGUGGAAAAGGAUCCAUAGUAUAUUACAGGACUUCUGACUGUGUGG